AUGCAGAUCUGUGAUGUGUUGUGCGUCCUGUCCCUCUUCUGGAGCUUCACCCUUGCAGGGGACGAUAAUUCUUUAGCUAGAAUCUCUCAAUCCAUAGCCUUCUCCAGUAACUUAUCCCAUUACUGGAUCUGUCAUCUCACGCCUUCCUCCCUGCUGGAUCAUUCUGACCCUCUGGUCCUGCCUGUUUUGAAUUUCUCGCAGAUACCCAGUUACCAAGUCACUUAUGACAUGAAAUUCCCUAACGUUGUGCAUCGAGUGAGGCUUGUUGAUUAUGAAUUUCCUGUGCCCUGUUUCUUCCUCACCCCGCCCGAGAACUUUCCAGCCAUGGUUUCAGGCAAAUCCUGUAAAAAGCCCGACGCCCCGGGGCAGGGUAAUCUGACCAGGCCCUCUGGAAGCCCGGGCGCUCCUUGGCAAUACAAUAGGACGUGUUUCACCGACCCAGCCUCUCUCCCUUUGAUUCGACAGCGAUGUGCCAAUCUGUCCUCUGCCUACGCUUCUACUAAACUAUGCAGAACCUGGAGGGGUCAAGACGAGACAUAUCUGAAGGGCUCCCCGACCCCCUUGCAGAGUUGCCACAUGACUCCAUCGUGGACCCUGCCUCGCACGGACCCCUGGUUAGAAAACAUCUUGGGUCACCUUCCCCAAGGGGAUAACCUUAAUUUUCAGAAUAUGACUGGGAUCUUAUGUGCUCCCAUGGGUUACGUUUUUGUUUGCGGAUCCCAGAAUGAGGCAUGGGCCUAUAAGUGUCUUGACAGUUGGCGUAUUGGUGGAACCUGCUUAUUGGGCUACUUGAUAACCCCAUUCUCAGAAACUGUCCAUUGGACCAGUUCCCUUAAGCUGUUCACUAGGAUCGCUCGUGAUCUCCCUGAUGGAGAUAGUUAUUUCUUUGGCUAUAUUUUCCUCCCUUGGCUGGAUGUGGUAGCUAAUCAGCGUGUACUCAGGAACCUAUCAAAAACCUUAGAUGCCAUUGCAAAUGAAAUGGCUACCACCCUUACUGGGCUGCAAACAUCCUUGAAUUCUCUUGCUGAAGUUGUACUUGACAACCGUGUAGCUUUAGACUAUAUGCUUGCUGAACAAGGUGGAGUCUGUAUUGCUGCUAAUACUACUUGCUGCACAUAUAUCAGUUCCUCUUCUGAGGUAGAUACUCAUAUUGCCAAAAUUAGACAACAAGCUACUCUGUUCCAACCAAAAGUAGACCCUCAGAGCGGACAUUUAGGUGGAAUUCAAGACUGGUUCACAGGCCUUUUCUCAUGGAAGCUGAAAGGGGCACAUUGGAUCCUAGGCAGUAUUCUCAAAUUAGGGCUCAUCGUCCUCCUCACAGCUAUGUUAUUCAUAAUGAUUAUGUACUGUGUAAUUAAGCGCUGUGCUAACAAGGCUAAGACUACUAAGAUAAAUAGGGAAAUGCCUAUGGCAACUUUUUAA